ACAGUGUGGGAAACCCUUUCACAAAGCCACUACAGUCAUCGCGGACGUGAGUAAACCGACUGCAGCUGUCAUGACGUGGUCUGUCUGCCGUCCGGUGAUCGAGGCACAGCUGAGCUAACAGGUUAGCUUCUCACCGAGUAAAACACGACUUACUUACUCGGCCUGCUUAACAGCUCUGUCGGCUAUGAUGAGGUGGUGACUCUGGAUCAGCCAGGCCGUGAUAUGAUUGCAGCUUGGCACAGAGAAAAGACGGAGCACAGUGAUUGAGAAAGAAGAAUGGGCAGGAGCGUCUGGGGCUGCUGGCAAGGCGUCAUCUCUACUGCAGUGCUCUACGGCUCUUUGGCCUUGUUUACCUCCAUCCUCCACAAUGUGUUCCUCCUUUACUAUGUAGAGACAUUUGUGUCCAUCUACAAGAUUGAUAAAGUCUCCUUCUGGGUGGGAGAGACAGUGUUCCUCAUAUGGAACAGUCUGAAUGAUCCUCUCUUUGGCUGGCUGAGUGAUCGCUCCUUCCUCAGCUCUCCUCAGUCAGGCCCUCAGAUCACAACUCCAGAGGUGGUGCUGAAGCGCCUGAAGGCCCUCUCCAGAAAUGGCCCUCUCUUUGCUCUGUCCUUCUUGGCCUUCUGGGUGGCGUGGGCCAGUCCAGGACUGCAGUUCCUGCUGUGCCUGUGUCUGUACGAUGGUUUCCUGACUAUGGUGGACCUCCACCACAGCGCCCUGCUGGCUGACCUCGCAGUGUCCGCCACUGAUCGCACACGCCUGAACUUCCACUGCUCCGUGUUCAGCGCUUUGGGGUCAUUCUCCGUAUUUCUGUCUUACUCCUUCUGGGACAAAGAUGAUUUCUACUCCUUCCGUCUCUUCUGUGUGACUCUGGCAGCUUUUUCCAUCUUGGGCUUUUUCUUAGUGUCUCAGUUGCUACAGCUUCGUUUCCAAAAGGAAGUCCUUCUAAGACAGGAUGAGGCACAGAUGCUCAAAGAGCUGAGUGUAGGUCACGCUCCACAUACCCACCCAGAAAAACCUGUCACCAUUAGACAGUACGUCAAGCAGCUCUCCAAACACAGAAACUUCAUGUGGUUUGUGUCAAUGAACCUUGUUCAGGUGUUUCACUGUCAUUUCAACAACAAUUUCUUCCCUCUUUUCCUGGAACAUCUCCUAUCUGACAAUAUUUCUGCCUCUACAGGGUCCAUCUUACUCGGCAUCUCUUACAUUGCCCCCCACCUGAACAACUUGUAUUUCCUGACACUGUGCCAGCGUUAUGGGGUUUACCAGGUUAUCCGCUGGCUAUUUAUGCUCAAACUGGGACUUAGUGUGGCUAUGCUGCUGGCAGGGGCUGACCACAUUUAUCUUCUGUGCAUCUUCAUUGCUAGUAACCGGGUGUUUACGGAGGGGACUUGCAAGCUGCUGAAACUGGUUAUUUCAGACCUGGUGGACGAGGACUUUGUGGUUAAUCGACGUCAGCAGGCUGCCUCUGCGCUCCUCUUCGGGAUGGUUGCCUUGUUGACCAAACCUGGCCAGACAUUCGCUCCUCUCAUUGGCACAUGGCUGCUGUGUGUUUACACAGGUUAUGAUAUUUUUAAUAGGGAACCUGUGAAGGACUCUCUGGUUUCUGUGCCUGACGUUUCCUCUGGCUCAGGGACUCCGCCUCUGCGCCUGGGCUGUUUCUACAUGUUGGUUUUUGUGCCUAUCACCUGUGCCCUGCUCCAGCUGGCUGCCUGGUCGCGCUUCACACUUCACGGCCGCAAGCUGCAAGGGAUCAAGACGCUAAGGCAAGGCGCCCAGCAUGGCCACCUUAUCGAUGUCAAGGCCAUAUGAACUGAACAGAGCUGCACGAGGCUGCACAUGGACACUUUUUAAAUAGUCAGUUUUACAAUCCCUGUGAUGAUGGCUUAGAGAAAAAAAAAGGCAGCCGAGUCUUGUGUGCAAGACUAUGAACCACUACGCAACAUGUGGCUUAGUGGACAGUGAAAAAUGCACAAUAGGCUGACAAAUCCCCACUGGGAAGAACAUGAAACGAUAUUUUAAAAAAUGAAACUUGCCUUAUUUUUAUAUAUAUAAAAAAAUUGACUUUUGAAUUAUUUAUAUUUUAACAGAUGACCAAAAUAUCAAGUAAAACCAAUCAAUCCUUUGGAUGUAGAUGGACCAAGGUGACAGCAUUUCAUGGUGCGUGCCAAAGAUUGGGUGCCCUCUUGUACUGUAAAGCAUAAUUCGAGUCUAGAGUCUCUGAAUGCUCUUGCUGCUACUUAAUCUGUCGGUAACAUCAGCCUAAUUUAAAAACCAGGAGCAAAGAAGGUUUUCCACAAAGCUUGCAGUUCUGAUUUUUAAUGUUAUUAACAAGAUGAAGAAAAUUAAAUUUUAAACAUUGCAUUAUUGUUUUUAGAGUGCUACUGAUACUGCAUGGAAGCUGCACUUCAGAGCUGAUUAAUUAUCUUACUGUUUCUUUACAUUUACACAGAAUUCCCUGCCAGUUUGAUGUUGAGAACUGUAUUUUCUGAUACGUCCGGUAUUGAUGUUUUUGCACAAAACUGCCAUUUGUUUGUUGUACUUCUAACAUUCUGAUUGUGACAUAUUUUAUGUACUGUAAUAAAGACCGUUGGAUUUAGCAAAUUGUCCUGGUAAACAUGA